UUAAGAAAUAUGUCGUUGCACGAUAAACAUUCAGAAAUCUCAGAUCAUUCGGAAGAACCAUCUAUUUUAUCAUCUGAUGCAAAUGAGCGGAAGCUGGCACGCAGGCUUCGUGUACAACGUCGUUUACAAGCACGAGAUAAACAGGUAAAAGACCAGGUUGAGGAAGUCGAAGAAAUAACCCCUAUCGAAAAGCAAAUUCUUGACAGCGUAGAUGCUCUGGAAAAAUUAGCCGCGGAAGGUGAUGAAGUGGUCGCUGGCAUUAGAGUGGCAAACGAUGCAAAGGAAUUAGAAAGAAGGAAAGAGAUGCAGGAGACGAGAGAGAGGUUACUGGUAAUGCUCGAAGAGGAAGACAAAAAGUGUUCAGGGCAGUAUCGUGAGAUUACAGACAAGUGGCCCGAUAUUCUUGCAACUAAACACCCGUUAGAUAUCCACGAUCAACUGGAGGCUCAAAAUGCCAAAUGUCUCGAGAUACUGAAUAAAAAGGAUGACUUGAUCGCGGAAUUGAAACAAGAGCUGAACAAUGCUGAUUUGAAAUUCGCUGAGGACGUAAAGAAACAAAACGAAGAUGUCGAUUUGCUUAUCGAAAGGAUGGAGAAUCAAAUACAAACAAUGACGAAAGCUUAUCGCUAUGAAGUGGAGAUGAUCGAAAAUGUUGUCGAAGCGGAACGAAAAAUACUUUUGGAAUCUUCUUUGGAAAAAUGGAACGUGUUAUUUAAGAAACUACAAGAUGAUACCUUCGAGGCGAGGGAGAAGAGAAAGGAAGUGAUGCGUGAGUAUGAGGAGGAAAUGCAGAAAGCAAUGAUAGAGCACCAGGAGGAAUUUAGGAAACAAAAGAUCAUGUUUGAGCUGGAAAUACAAAAUCUUCAGCAGGAAGUACAAAAUAUGAAAGCUUUCUGUAUGAUGAACGUCGAGAAAUUAGAUUAUAAUUAUGCAGUGCUAAAGAGACGCGAUGAGGAAAAUACUAUAGUGAAGAAUCAGCAGAAAAGAAAAAUUAACAAAUUACAGGAUGUUAUUAAUGAUUUAAAAAAAACUUACUCAGGCUUGGAAGAAUCGUCGAGAGCGGAAAUUCAAAAGUUCACGAAUCAAAUGUUAAAGAUGCACCAAGCUAUACUAGACCUAGAGGAAAAAUCCAACUAUCUCGCGACCAUCAACGAUAAAAGAUAUAUGCAAAUAUGGGACAUGAAUAUUAAAACUGCGAACGAAUUGAUCGACAAGAUUUUAACGGCAGAUAGAAUUAUACACGAACAGUUGUUAAUAAUGGAAUGGAAACCGCCAGAAGAACAGUUAUGGAAGAAGGAAGAUCUACCCUCGUAUUGCGGUGCGAUGUGUGCCUUAAAAGCGGAGCGAGAGGAAACGAGAAAAAGAAAGAUGAUUUCUAAAUCAUAUAAACCAGCAACUAGUUUAGACGACAUCAAUUUAGAACGAAGGUUAUUGAAUCACAUUCUUAAAUUGAUUUCCGAUCAUUGUGAUUACCUUAUCGAAGAUACUUUAAAGAAUUUACUUUCUGAUUACGCCGAAGAGGAUAAACUACUGAUUCGAUUGGAUAAAGUAUUCGAGGCACUAAAAAUUACGUCGGAAAAAGAACUUCAAUUUUUACUGAACUUCUUUUUACCAUAUGCACACUGUCCCACUUGCACGAUUAAAGUUGUAAGCACACCGAGUAUUUGUAGACAGUCUGGAGAAGCUACGGAAAGUUCUUCAUCUCUAACUACUUUGCCGGACGUUUGUGGUAGCGACACUCUCAAUGGGGAAGAAGUUAAACUAGUGGCAGCUGUGGCAGGGGCACUUUGUUGUGAAAAGCUGCCUGAAGGAGAUGAAUGUGAAAGUGAGACUGUUUCGAGUAGAAAUGAAACAGAAUCUCGUUCAAAUGAAAUACCGUCAGAAAAUGUACACGUUGAGUCGACUUGUGUAUCUGAAGGCAUUGUCGAAGUUACCGAUAAGGACGGUGCUUCGAAACGAUUACUUACAUGCGACAAAGGCCAUUUAUUGGCAGUUGAAACUGAAUAUGUUUCAAGUGCAUUAAAAGAAUUUGUAGAAAAAUAUGAAUUUGUUAAGAAGGAAAUUUUCCCUAAUAAAAAAAUAUUUAAAGAGAAAACCACAGUAUCGCGCAAUAUAACUGAUCAAGAUAUAACCGAAUUUUGGAAACGUUAUCGGAAUAUUUUCUCAAAAGAUAAAGAAAGACUGUGGGAUAAUUUACUGGUUGGUCUUAAAAAGUAUUAUGGUGUGUUGAAGGAGAGACAUCGAUUAAAUACUGAAACUCGAUCUUUACGAAAACAGAAUACUGAAAUGCGCCGUUUAUUAAGUAAACAUACAACAGAGGUAAUGAUGUCACUGAGCUGCCAACAUCUUGGCCACCCCACCCACCUAAGCAUCAAUGUGCGAUCAACACUAUCUAUGUAUCACAACCGCUGAUGCGGUUAAAUGUGAUAAUAAAUCAGCUUGAACACUACAUUCAUGCUAUGGAAAA